UGCUAACGUUCAUGUUCGAGGGCUAAAUCCCGCUGUUUCCCUCGACGUAGGGUGUCUUGUUUGUCCUCCUCAUCAUUCCGUCGAGUAGAGUUUGAGUGCAGUGCUAGCGAGUGCAGCAAGCAAGCCGUUCUUUAAGCCCCGUUCAACCCGGUCAGACGUUUGCGGUCACACCCUCCACUCAACCACAACCACCACGCGACCCGCCAUACCUCCCGCCUCUGAGACUUGUGAUCCGGUUCCUGGCGUCCAUAUCUGCCUUCACCACUCACAGCGCCCGUCAUAAUACACUACGACGUUCCUGGUGCACACUUUCCAAGCGAGCAGGGGCCUCUUCGUCAGCUGAGCCGCCAUCGCCGACCCACCACGACGCAUACCCGCACAUCAUGAGGCUGUGAAGAUAAGACAUAGUAGGAAAAUGGAUUUUACGAUCUCGCUGGCCCACUUCUGCGAGACCCACGGUCCAACGUCUAUCAUUUGCACCCAAGCCUCGACAUCGCCAUGCGCGACGUGCAAUCCAUGCGUUACGCCGCCCACUGAGGAGCCCUUCUCAGCCUUCCCCUACAAUGGACUGUACGAUCAAUCCACAUCGCUAGGGCUGGGACGACUACCACACAUCUCGCCCCUCGAAAGCCCGCCCACGAGCCCCGCCUCGUCCACAAACAACCCAUAUUUUCCCAGCUUGUCGUCGUCUGGCAGCAGUUUUGGCGGAAGGAGACCAAGCAACACCUUCGACUCCGAGUCUGACGCGUGCGAGAAUUGCCAGAUGGUUGUCCCCAAAAAGUACAGCGACAAGAUCCCAAAUGGCGCUCCUGGCAGCCCCUCCAAAGACGGAAGAGGAAGAAACGGCAGUCCCGUGCUGCGGAGCUCCCAAAACUACCCAGUGCGCCGCUCCAUUGCUUGUGACGACGUCAGCAGUACAGAUUCGGACGUCUCAGACACAGAGCAGCCCAAGUCGUUCAAGAGUACAGCCUCCAGCUCCUACCGCAACUCGGUUGCUGCCUCAUCAAUGCUCUCUAGAAACAUGCACACACAUACCCUGAACUAUAUCUCCACCAGUCAGCCACAAUCACCCGCGACAUACUCUACGCUUCGACGCACAUGUAUUCGCACUCUCUCCACCGAGGUGUUGCCCAUGAGCAAGGCUUCUGGACCCAUCAUGUUUGGUGAUUCAGUCGCCGGCUACACAAUCGCAUACGUCUUCCGAGUCCAAGACCCCAGAGCUCGCGGAUCAAUUCGGGAGUAUGCGCUGAUUGCGAUGGCCGGUCGCGAUUGUCGACGAGCAACUAAGGCCAUGGUCAAGAUCACCGAGGUUUUCCAGGGGAUUGCGAACCGUAUAAUUGCGCUGGCCGAGAGAGUUACCGAACGUGAAAGCGCUGCCUCGCAAAACCCAUCUCGUCCGUCCACUGCUAUGUCUGGCGCUUCUCUUGCAUCAGCCACAUCAUCGAUGCCGUCCAUGUUCAUGUCAUCUCAGAAGGAGCGACAACUCUCGUCCGGGGCCAGCUUGCCCACUCGUAGCAUCACUCCUGUGUCGUCGUUCUUGUCCGCGAAAAAGCUUGAUCCCGAUGGCUUCCCUCGUGUGUCCCGCGACCUAAUGAAGGCGAAGAGCCUGACUGAGAUUGUGGGCCAAGAGAACUUCUUUGUAGAGUUGCACACCGUCUUCUGCAGCCUUCUCCAUACGCUCAUCAAGCAAUUUGGGUGAGCGACUCCAUACGUUAUUCCUUUGAACCUUUCAUCUCUGUCAACUUUCUUGUAAUCAGUACUUCUUACGUGUUGUCCUUUUAUCAUGCGUUUUAGCGUAUCUUUUCUAUUUCCUUGUCAUGCGUUUUGAGUACUGGAGUUGGGGCGUCAUGUUUUGAGGGCACCUUCUAUGAUCUGUCUCAACGGCCGUGUGUUUUAAUUCUUCACUAUUGCGCGAUGCUGCCUCAUCUCAGCAGGACCCGGCUUUAUACUAUACCCCGUUCCAAUAUACCCGAGCGUUCUUCGUUGUUUCAACAGUGGGUGUUAACCAUAGACUGGGGGUUUUGUACUUUGGCCUGGUGUUUUACGGGGUCUUCGAGCGGGCGAUGGGAUGUGCGUUACAAUAUAUGACGCGAAACGGCCGAUGUCGCAGAAAUCUGCAAUGGCAUGGUGAAUGCGAUGGAUGUGUAAUUCAAAAUGAUGACUUUAUCCA